UGUCCUCAGUUGAAGUUUGGGCGGUUGACGGGAAGGUUGUGUGAUUUUGAGUUUUGAUUUGGAUUUUGUUUCGUAGUCUUAUUUCGUUUAUUUUCCUGGUUAUCAAAUAAAAUAGUUACAACUUAUAUUUACUUAGACGCUAGUAGUAAAUACAUAUUUUUGUGAGUGCUGUAAACGUAGUAACUUGACGGCAAAAUGCAAGAAACCGUUACAACCUCGACGGAGCGUAAAUCUUUGUUGUCUUCGUUCCUGGACGUCCUGGAGGCGCAAGGCAAAGCAGCCCAGGCGGAGCGGCAGCUCCAGGAGGAACGCUACAGGCGCCGUACGCAAAGGAUCUACGAAUACCACGACCGACAACGGCGCGAGGUAGUAGAGCUUCGCCGCUGUCUGGACUAUGUGUCUCAACAUGCCCAUGUCCUGGAAACGGUGCUACGCGGAGCAGGCACCGCUGGCAGUGAUGAGGUCCCACUGAGUACUCACUUGGUCAAGCAAGCGGCGGGUCUCCAGCGCUGCAUGGCGCAAUGUGUCGCCAACGCGGCAACUAUACGCUCCGCACUUGCUUCUACCCACCAGCCUGUUAUGGAUGCCAUGCUCGCUAAAAUGGAAGCAGAGUUGCGGUCGUGGACGGCGUUCCUGCACCGAGCUGUCGACGCCACCUACAACUCCGAGAUCGUCAUAGACAACCUGCACAAUAUGAUCGCGGAGCAGCGUCGCUAUGUGCGCGAUGUAACAUCAAGCAGCGUGUUCACGGCGCUAUGCGCAGAGGCGGACGCUGAAGCGAGUGCGAGCGAGACCGCGAGCGCGGGUACGGGUGCGGAAGCGGAAACGGAAGCUGAAGCAGAUCGCACGCCGCGCUCUCCUCUCGAGCGCCGCCCGCCUUCCUCUUGCAGCACGCCUUUGCACAACUAGGGAGUAACAUGUUUCAAAGAGUAUCAUACUAUCU